AUGGCCGCCUCCGGGGCUAAGUGUCCGAAGAGUGAGAAGUUGGACGAGGCGCAGGCUUUAGCCAAAAGCUGCGCGGGGAGACCAGACUUUCUGCCGUGUGAUGGACUCUCCAUCUGCGCCACGCACAGCCAUGGAAAGUGCUUCAAGCUGCACUGGUGCUGCCACCUGGGAUGGUGCCACUGCAAGUACGUGUACCAACCCAUGACCAACGUGUGCCAGCUGCCCAGCACGGCGGUUCCAACAACAUCCACCGAGUACAGCAGCACCAUGGACCUUUCCGUUUCCCUGGCAGAGCGCUUCCUAAAGCUAGCGCCCUGCUUCCGCUCGCCCCCUCACCUGGAGUCCCCCAAGUACUGCGUGAUCGCCGACCUGUUCGUGGACGACUACGUGGUCAAACGCAUCAACGGAAAGAUGUGCUACGUGCAGCGCCCUUUACCGCCCGAAGCGCCUCGCCCGCCCGCGCCUCAACCACAACCCACCACCGAGGCUGCGCCGCCCGCCGACUACAAACGCGCCUCCCCCCUGAACAAAGUCAAGGGUCCCAAAAUGGACCACUGCUCAUCCCCGUCCAGCUCCGAGGACUCCGGCAUCAACGCGCUGGGCCUGCACUGUAUGGAAUCGUGCGAGGACGAGAGCGAGCGGGAGGACGACGAGCUGAGCACGGAUGGAAAUUCCAGCCCCGGAAGCCUGUGGGAUCAUGACGACAGCUCCCUCCUCUCGCCCUCCAAGUCCACUGUGGAGAUCAUCGAAAAGAUUGAAACAACUGUCUGA